AAGCAAGGGUGUGGAGAUGAGGGGAGGCACAGAGUUUGGGGGUGCGAUAAUGAGCAUCAGCUUGGUGUCCGCCAUUUCUGCAGCAGCCACCACUGCUCGUCCUCGUCAUGGUGCAGUGAAGCAGCAGCUGAGCAUAAAGGUGAAGCCACAGCAGAAGCAUGCUGGCUGCUGGGAAAGCAGUGGCAAUGGCAGGGCAGUGGUGGCGAGGGCCGGGCCGGGGCCACUGACGGAGAUUGAGCCGGACCUGCAGGAGGACCCCAUCGACAAGUGGCGUACCAACGGCGUCAGCCCGGAGGACUUUGUCUACGGAGUUUAUGAUGGCCACCACACCUAUGAUGAAGGCCAAGAAAAGAAGGGCUUCUGGGAGGAAGUAGGUGAGUGGUACCAAGAAGCUGAGCCUCCUCAGGGCUUCCAAGCAUUCAUCUCCUGGUCAUUUCCUCCUGCAGUCAUCCUUGGCAUGGCUUUCGGUGUGCCGGGGGAGUACCUUUACAUUGGGGCAGCUCUCUUCAUUAUUGUGUUCUGCAUCAUUGAGAUGGACAAGCCGGACAAACCACACAACUUUGAGCCGGAGAUCUACAUGAUGGAGAGAUCCAAGAGAGACAAGCUCAUUGCCGACUAUAACUCCAUGGAUAUCUGGGACUUCAACGAGAAAUAUGGCGAGCUCUGGGACUUCACUGUUAGCGGAGAGGAUAUCGUGAAACUAUAGGUGCCAUUCACAAAUGGGGGGGCGGGGGGGGGGGGGGGGGGGGGGGUCACGUCGGCUAGAUGCAGUUGAAGAUGAUAUGUAGGACAUAAACAUUUCCUAAGGAAACCAUGGAUGACAUAGCACCACGAAAAAGAUCUUUUAAAUAAAGCUGGAAUAGGAAAGGCUCAUUUUCUAUGGUUUCGUCAUGUUUGAGGUUCUCAGCCUGUAAAAACUACGCUUCAUCCUCAUAUAUGUAUGUAAGGCCUCAUAUAUGUAUGUAAGGCUUCUUCCAUUA